AUGGCGGACCACAGACCAAUAGAGGAGCUAAGGACUGACAGGAAAACUGCCAAAAGACUCUUUACUCGUAUGGUCAAUCAUAUCAGACGUGAAUUUGUGGACAUGUCCGCUGAUGAACUCAAAGAGAGCUUCAAAAAGCUCACUCUACAAGGCUCAAAGGUCAUGGAAGCCAAUGAAGAACUCCAAGCGGCUUAUAACGCAGAGGGCGCACAAGAGCUUGCAGAAGAGGAAAAGGCUGACAUAGAAAAGACGGAGCAGGAGUACGAGCAGAAGUCAAAUGAGCCGGCCAUAGAGCGAGUGGAGAAUACAGACCACAGUCGUCCAAUAACACUGUCCCAGCUGCCACAAUAA